AUGUCGAAGCGCGAUCUUCACAUCCAACCGCGCAUGGCCAAGAAGGGUCCCUUCACCGUCGAGGCGCCCGGCUAUGAGCGCAAGGAGGGAGAGACCAUCCCCCGACGACACCCAGCAGCCAAGGACGGGCUCAUUCUGCGCCCAUCCGAGGAUGUCGCAACCACCUACGAUAACUUCCGUCGCUCGGCCCGGCUGUUCGGCAACUCCAAGGCCGUUGGCACUCGCAGCCUGAUCAAGACCCAUGUCGAGAACAAGAAGGUCAAGAAAAUCGUCGAUGGCGUGGAGAAGGAGGUUGACAAGCAGUGGACCUUCUUUGAGAUGAGCGGCUACACCUACAAGACUUUCCUCGAGUACGAGCAGCUCUGUCUCCAGUUGGGCUGCGGUUUGCGCAAGCUAGGUCUGGAGAAGGACAGCAAGAUUCACCUGUACGGUGCGACGAGUGCACACUGGCUGGCCAUGUCACACGGCGCUGCCUCGCAGUCCGUGACCAUUGUGACCGCAUACGAUACCCUGGGCGAGGAGGGUCUGAAGCAUUCCCUGGUUCAGACCUCCAGUAGCGCCAUCUUCCUUGACCCCGGCCUCAUCAAAUCGCUGUGCAACGUUCUCAAGGAGGUCCCUUCCAUUAAACAUGUCAUCUACAACACGGAUACGGAGCUUUCGCAGGCGGAUCUGGAUCGCCUGAAGAAUGACUUUGGCCAUAUCAAUGUGCUGAGCAUCGAGGAGCUGCGCAAAUCGGGCGAGGAGAAUAACGUCGACCCAGUCCCGCCCAAACCGGAAGACCUCUGCUGCAUCAUGUAUACCUCAGGCUCGACGGGCCCGCCCAAAGGUGUUCCCCUGACACACGCCAACGUGAUUGCUGCCACUGCUGGUGUCAACGAGAUCGUCGGCCCGUACAUCGGCCCCAAGGAUUCCCUGUUGACUUACCUCCCGCAGGCGCACAUCUUGGAGUUCAUGUUUGAGAACCUGUGUCUGUUCUGGGGUGGCACGAUGGGAUACGGCAACCCUCGCACCUUGUCGGAUACAUCCAUGCGCAACUGCAAGGGUGACAUUCGCGAGUUCAGUCCCACUAUCUUGGUCGGCGUGCCCGCCGUGUGGGAGUCGGUCAAGAAGGGAGUGCUGAACAACCUGAACAAGAACAACUUCAUUGUGAAGAACAUGUUCUGGGGGGCCAUGGCGGCCAAGAACUUCUUGAUGACGACUGGCUUCCCCGGCGCGACCAUGGGCGCGUCGAUCUUGGAUGCGGUGGUUUUCAAGAAGCUGAAGGAGGCUACUGGUGGCCAGCUCCGGAUUAUGAUGAACGGCGGCGGUCCCAUCUCCAAGGAUACCCAAAAGUUCCUGUCUAUGGCGAUCGCUCCCAUGAUCGGCGGCUACGGUCUGACCGAGACCUCCGCCAUGGGCGCUCUGAACGAUCCCAUGGCCUGGAACCCCAACGUCCUCGGCGAGGUGCCCGCGUCGGUGGAAAUCAAGUUGGUGGACUUCCCGGAUGCCGGGUAUCUGACCAAGCGCACCCCACCGCAGGGUGAGAUCUGGAUCCGCGGCGGCAGCGUGACCUCAGGCUACUGGGACAACGAGCAGGAGACCAAGGAGUCCCUGACUGACGACGGGUGGUUCAUGACCGGCGACAUUGGCGAGUUCGACCACAACGGCCACCUGCGCAUCAUCGACCGCAAGAAGAACUUGGUCAAGACCUUGAACGGCGAGUACAUCGCCCUCGAGAAGUUGGAGUCCGUGUACCGCUCCUCCCCUGUUGUUGGCAAUAUCUGCGUCUUUGCUGCAGAGGACCAGGACCGCCCCGUCGCCAUCAUCGUCCCGCUGGAGCCUGCCCUGAAGAACAUUGCCAGCGCCAAUGGCAUCGAGGGCGACACCGUUGAGACUCUUGUCCACAACGAGAAGCUCAAGUCCAUUGUUCUGUCGCAACUGCAGCAGGCUGGCCGAGCAGGUGGUCUGAAGGGCAUCGAGAUCGUCGGCGGUGUUGUCCUGUCUGACGAGGAAUGGACUCCCCAAAACGGCUUCAUGACUGCCGCACAGAAACUGCAGCGCAAGAAGAUUGUCAACAAGUACAAGGCCGACAUCGACAAGGCCUACGGCAAGAAAUAA